AUGAAUAGUUAAUAAAUUAUACAAAUUCUCAAAAAAGAAUUCAAUGUCGAAUAUAAUUCAGAUGUGAUUGAGAAAUUAAGCGAAUUUACAAUUAGAGUAUCUCAUGAAUUAAUGGAAACUAUGGAAGUCAUAUAAAAGAAUCAAUCAAAAAGAGCGCUUAGAAAAGAGGAUGUGCGAUGGAUUAUGGAUGAUUUAAGAACUAAUGAUUCAGAAGCUAUGAUUUUAAAAAAACUAGAAAACCACCAUGCAAGAGAUUUUCCAUUUGAAGAUCCUGAAAAGGAAAAAGAUAAAGAAAUAUAUAAAGCUUAUCUUCCUAUGAAAAAUCAAUAAAAUUUAAGAAGAAACGCACAAUUAGCUGUAAAAGAAGAAAUUGAUAAUGCUGUAAUUACUGCUUAAUUAUUAUAUAGCUCUUUAUUGAUUUCUUUAAAUAAUAGGAAUAAAAAAGAAAGAAGGAUUUAUAAUUAUUAAGACUAAAGUCAGAACAAUCUUAGCAAGUUUAAAAUAACGAAAAAAGUAAAUAUCAGUAGAUUUUCUUUGAUGAGGAAGAUGAAAAAGAAUAAGCAAAAAAGAAGAAUUUCCCCUAAAUUACUCAACUUAAAAUGUGAUAUAAUAAACUCUCUAAUCAUUAUUGUGCAAAAGUGGAGUGAAGUAUUUUAAAUAUGUAGAUAAAUAGAAAAAGCAUAAUUAUAAAAACAAAAUUAUUUCAAAAAUAUACUUAUUAAUUUAAUUAAUUAAUUAGCUAUCAUAAUAUAUUUUUCAAGCUUAAAAUUGAUAUAUAAAUAAUAAUCAUAUGUAUUCAUAAGUCUAUAAGCAAAAUAAUUAGCAUAUAUAAAUAAAAUAUUAAGUUUUUAGUAUAUUUAAUUAAGAAAACUGACUGAAUAAUUAUUAAAAUUCAUUAUUGGUUAUUUUAUAAUAAAAACUUUUACAAUCUUACAAAUGAUAAUUGCUGAAUUCAAAAAAGGAUACUAAAUUUAUAAAAUAUAUUUGCAGUGUUAUUGA